AUGGGAACUCGGCAGGCCUUGCUUGCCAUGCUGGGGGAGGAUGAUGCCAGAGCUCCAGAGGCCAAGGAGCAGGAGGAGCCGGUGCUGCGACCUGUGGCCGAGUCCACCGGGAUCCCUAAGGCUGCCGAUCCCGAGUCGGCCCCGGUUCAGGAAAAGCCAGCUGCGCGACGACGCCGCGGAGGCUUUAGUUCUUCAUUUGGCGCAGCGCCGGUUGCAGUACAGCCGCAGGGUGAGAAUCUGGAGGCACAGACAAGAUCCACAAUAACCACAGCAGCAGUCAGCGAGAGCGUGCAGGACGGCGCAACAACUGACGAAGUUCCGUCCAUGGAGGCUCUGCUGGCCAUGUUGGAUGAGGAUCGCGAAGGUUGA